AUGAAGCUUGAUCCUGCUGUUGUAGAACUCCUGCGCCUCGACGCGGAGCAAACUACCGUAUCCUCUGCUGGCGGAGGCGGCUGCAGCUCGGCGUCGACGUUCAAGAUUACAUCCAAGCUCAGCGAUGGCACAGAGAAGCGCUUCUUCAUGAAAACUGGUAAAGGAGGAAACGCGGAAGUUAUGUUUGCAGGCGAGCACGCGUCGCUCAGAGCCAUCCACGAUACGGUACCCUCGCUUUGUCCCCAGUCAUACGGUCACGGCCGGUUCUCUUCUCAGUCCUCGACCUCAUUCCUCGUGACCGACUUCUUGAAUCUCACGUCGCGCUCAGCGCCGACAUCGUCUGCGCCGUCACUGGCGGCCAAGCUCGCGAAGCUCCACACGACGCCCGCGCCCGUUCCCGACGGCUACGACAAGCCCAUGUUUGGCUUCCCUGUUACAACCUGUUGUGGAGAUACACCGCAGGAUAACAGCUUUAAGGAUUCGUGGGCUGAUUUUUUCGCGAACAAUCGGCUGCGCUUCAUUCUGGGUCGUGUCGAGAAGUCGAACAGCGUAGACAAGGAACUGCAUACCUUGGUGGAGAUGAUAGCAUCUAGAGUAGUGCCUCGCUUGCUGGGCGACGAGCAUCUCAACAAUGGCCAGGGCGUCAAGCCAGUGGUUGUGCACGGAGAUCUGUGGAGUGGUAAUGCUGGGGUCGGAACCAUCGGUAGUGACACCGGAGCCCAAGACAUCGUAUACGACUCGAGUGCGUGCUACGCGCACAAUGAAUUCGAGCUAGGCAUCAUGAAGAUGUUCGGCGGGUUCGGCGGCAGCUUUCUGAAGGAGUAUCACGACCUGUGUCCGAAGACGGAGCCGGUAGCUGAGUAUGAGGAUCGUGUGAAGCUGUACGAGCUGUAUCACCACCUGAAUCACUAUGCGAUGUUUGGUGGUAGCUAUCGCUCAGGUGCUGUGAAUAUCAUGAGGAGCCUGGUGCGAAAAUACGGAGAGUGA